AUGUCAGGAGAUUCGGAAUCAUCAAACAAACGUCAAGCUAACUCCCCAUAUUUCCACAUGGCAGAAUCAAACCAUCCUAUAGCAGCCUCAAAUUCCAAUAAUCCAACUUCGUUACCGCAAGGCGAUCAAUUGCACCCAUCACCAAUCGCAUCUUAUCAUUCGCAGCAGCAUCUUAUAGAUGGGCCUCACCUUACUUCAUUCACACAUCAGCCACAAUUAAUUACACCAUCAGAUCAUUCCAGAGCACAUAUUGGGGACCAGUUUCCCCUUCUACCAACAUCUUCUGGUCAAGAUCAUCCCUUACCUCAGUUCCUGAUGCCACAGCCCAAAUUACAUGCGCAACACAACCCUCAUCAUAUAUACUACCAAAGAGAAGAUGUUUCUGGUCACACCACAUUCCCCCAAGGAGUAAUAGAGAACUAUGACCCACUAGAAGUACUAGACACAGAUACCAGUGCCAGUAUUACCCAUAGAUUUGCACAAAAUCCUAAUAUUCUAUACCAACAACCGCAUACUCAACUACCCCAAUCUGGUCAAGAAAACGUCGCAGCUAUAUCAUUAAAUCAAUAUGAUCCAAACUAUAUUUCAACAAUAUCUUCCAACGACUUUACUUCACAGUACGGACAUGUCUCGACCCCUCAUUUCUUGCAGCUGCGACCCCAACUACCUCAACAUGUAGUUAAUUGGGCGGGCCAAUCAAGAAAUCCUGAACUCCACAGUCAAGCCCAAUUACAUACACCCGCACUGGUUGGUGUGGAUUUAUCCUCUUCUUAUAUUGGAGGGCAUCAAAGAGCCAGCUAUCCCGGUCAAUUUUCAAGGGAAAACUUCAGGACAAUGCAAUAUAGAACUCCGUUAAAUGUUAUGGAGCCUUCAACUUCAGAAAAAAUGUUCAGGACUAAUGUUGGUUUAACGUGGCCCUUAAGUGGUCAUAACUAUCAGAAAUUGAUUGAAAGUAUCAGAAGAGUAACUAACAUGUCAAUUAAUCCAUUCUUGCUUGGUUUGUUGCACGAUUUUCGAUUUGGCAUCCCCAUAGACGAUUUUUACAAUUGUAUUUAUAAUAAUGAUGAUAAUAGUUUCAAUUUCCCUCUGAAUACAGAUAGGAAAGUGGAUACUUCUCUAGUGAAAGAUACCAAAUCUGCGGAUGCAUCCAUAAAGACGCUCUAUGAAGUGUUGAGUUUAGUCAAAAAAAUAAAGACAAAUCCAAGUGCUUCUCUUGAAGGUGACGAAAUCCGACCACUAAACUUUCAUGAGUUGCUACGUAACUUCUUAGCUAUCAAGAUCUUAAACGACAUGUUAAUUGAAGUACCAGAUACAUCAAAGCCUAGAAAUCCACCAAUUAACGAUAGCAUUAUUCCACGUUUAUCGAUUUACAAAACUUACUUCAUUAUUUGUCAACUUUUGAUAUCAAGAUAUCCCAGUAAUUCUAAUACAUAUCAAGAGCAACAGAAAAUUGUGCUCAGUCAGUCUAAAGUUGGUAAGUUGAUCAAACUUGUUUAUCCUGAGUUAAAGAUAAAGAGAUUAGGUGCAAGGGGUGAUUCUAAGUACACCUAUUUGGGUGUCCGGUGGAAUGAAUCACUUAUAUCUGAAUCAAUUAAGGAAAUGUGCAACAACAAUGACUUGAAGUCUUUAUUACUGAUUCAUAGUGAGUCUGAUGUUGUCAAUACGUUAAUAACUCCUGUCCGAAAUACGGAAUUGGUUAGUAGCUUGCCAUCAAUUCAGGGAGAUUCAAGUGCUGAUGUCAAUUCUCUCAUUGAGGAUGAAUCUGAUGAAAAAAGCUUAAAAAAGAGAAAGCCCAGUCACAAGUCGAUAAAACCACCAAGUUCCAAUUUUCGUGAUACUCACGUUAAGCGAGGUGCUUCCCUUAAUACUCAAAUUGGAGGUACAAGUUCCAGCACGGAAAAUAGAUGUAAUGACUCUGAACUGAUACCAUUCGUAUAUUCCUCCAGUUUGUCGUUUAUUAACCCUCAGUCAAAGUAUCCUGGACUAUUUGAGUCACCUGAGGUUUCUCUCGUUGGAACAUCCUGUUCAACGGCAGCUGGCUCGUGGUUUUCGGAUGCGAAAAGGAACAUAUAUAUAAGAUAUCCCUUCUUGGGUUCUUCUGUGUCAAGUAUCCUACGUGACAUAGCAAUUCAAGCUUCAGAAAGUUCAAUUAAGGAAGAUUACUUACUUAACUAUGUGACAUCCAACUUAUUGAGGCUGUAUAUGCAACAUCAAUUUGGGCAACAGCAAGAAGUUAGGAAGGCUCAUUAUUUAAAGUUUGAGAUGCAUGUCUUUUUAGCCUUGAUUCUUGAAUUCCUUCCAUAUUUCCUAUUACUUAGGACUAAGCCUGGUAAGGACGAUAUUCCUGGUGACUCUAUUUCAUUACCUCGUAAUGAAGCAUUUGUUGAAUACAUGAAAAUUAAUGUUCAACACUUGAGUGAAAAUCUUGUACUCAGAUAUUCUGAAGUGUUUUCUCUUCGUGAUGAUAAAAGUGGAGGCUCUCAUGAAGAAAUAUUGGAAGAUAACUUAGCAAAUUGGAGAAAGUUCCUGAAUGUAUUACGUUCCAUGUUGCAGUUGAAUGAGUUGCUUACUACAUUCAUUUGCUUCAGUCCUGCUAAUCGCCUUGAAAUGGCGUCAGAUUUCAAACAGCUAGAAAGCUACGAUACCAAUUACCGAAAUAUUUCAUUUCUAGGAGUUACACUAGACAGUAUUCAGCAGGAUGAGAGGAGAGAAACCAAUAAUAAGUCCAAAAUGUUCGAGGAGAACAUAGUUCUUCAUAAUCUCUUAGCAGUUCUUCUAUCCUACAACGUACAAGCCUUGUUGGUGGAUGUUAAAUCCAUUGCAAUUUUUUUCACCUACUACUGUGCAAAUUAUCUAUCGGGGAAAAGGUUUACAGGAAAUUUAAAUAAGGAUAUCACACUCUCUCAUAAAUCAUCAGGCAAUGAAUUAACAAAAUCGUCAGUUGAGGAUCUUCGAAAUUCACCGAUAAACGCAAGCGGACAAUAUGACAAAGUAUCAGUGUCAGACACACGAGCAGUAAUCGUAUCUGAUUUACUUCAACUAAUACACACAAAUUUAUUGACUUCAGAGCUUAAAAAUAAGUACAGCAUUUUAGUGUGUAAUUCCUUUUUCAAUUCGUUGUACGAUGAUAUGGUUCAAUACUGGAGGUUUAUAUAUCGGAAGAGCAUGGUGCAACCUGGCGAACAACAGUCCAAGCAACCAGUUUCAGAUUUCAAAAAGGAAGACUCCGGUAGUUUUGGUAUUGCUUCUACAAAAAUGGGUUUAGGGGUGCCCGGCACAGAUAUUCAAUCGGGACAUUAUAUGAUUUCGCAGCCAACGCAAGCUAUUGAUACUGGGGAAGAUAAUGCUACUCAAACACUGCAAAAAGUGCAACGUUGCUGGCUUUUUUUGACUUUCCUAAGGUCAUACACACUUCUUUUGGGAGAAAUAGUAGGUUUGCAAAACGUUUUACAACAGGAGUAA